UUUAUCUCCUAUUUCACUAACACUAUCGCAGCCAACAAAAUUUUCAUAAUGAAUAAAGCAACCCAUGUUAUCAACCCAGAUGAUGAAGUGUUAAUAAUAUUGCGCAAUGCAAAUGACUCUUUUGCAGUUUGGGAUGAAAUGCCUUCCUUCUCUCUUCCUGAAUCUAAUCACGGCCGCCACAGCAAUAGUGAUACUGAAGCUCGGAAUGAGCAUGUGGAUAGCUCAUGCUUAACUCAAAAAGAGAAAAGAAAGAGAAAAAAAACGAGAAAACAAAAGGCAAAUAAAGGGAAGUUUGGCAAUCUCGGUGCUCCCAGUUCAACUCUCCAAAAAAAUUUUAACAGCACUUCACAGCCUAUUGAAGAACCACCUGUUGAAGAACCACCUGUUGAAGAACCACCUGUUGAAGAACCACCUGUUGAAGAACCACCUGUUGAAGAACCACCUGUUGAAGAACCACCUGUUGAAGAACCACCUGUUGAAGAACCACCUGUUGAAGUACCAUCUGUUGAAGAAUCUAUGAAGAACAUGUCCCUUAUUAUCCAAUCAGAUGAAACAUCGAAUCAUCUCUUUCUUGAUGCAUCAAAUGUAGAGAACGAGAACCGCAAUCUCGACGUUACACAGAUAUACUGUGAUCACGACUCACCAGAAGAUUGCUAUCGCAUUCAAGUUUCUGCGAAGCAUUUGACCCUUGCGUCUCCUGUUUUCAAAAAAACAUUUACUGGUGGAUGGAAAGAGAGUGUCAAUUUUCUCGAAUCCUGCUCAGUUGAGAUAACAAUGGACGGUUGGGAUCUUGAGGCACUUUUAAUUCUGCUCAGGAUUAUUCAUUGUCAACAUUAUAUCGUACCUCGAAAGCUAGGACUUGAGCUACUCGCCAAAGUCGCUGUCCUAUCAGAUUAUUACGACUGCCAAGCUGCCGUGAAAUUUUUCACUGAUAUAUGGGUUGCUCCUCUAGAAGACACCAUUCCUAAGUUUUACACGCGUGAUUUAAUAUUGUGGGUGUGGAUCUCCUGGUUUUUUGAGCUUCCGAAACAGUUUAAGGAGGCGACAUCAGUUGCCAUGUCAUAGAGCACCGGCUCUAUUAUUGAUUUGGGACUUCCGAUCCCAAAUCGAGUUUUGGAAACGAUGAACGACUUCAGACAAAAAGCCAUCGAAAACAGAAUUACUCAACUUCACGAAAGGCGUGAAAGCUUUUUAAAAGGCGAUCGAGGAUGUGGCUUUGAGUGCAGUUCGAUUAUGUUCGGGGCCCUCACAAAGCAUAUGCACUCAAAUAAUUUACUUUCACCAAGACCAGUCGCUUCAUUCAAAGAACUGAACUAUAGAGAUCUUAUAGACAAACUGCUCUCACUUCAAGAACCCCGAUGGUUCAGUUCUCUCUCGGAAUCAUACUAUGAAAGCAUUUCUAGACAUGACUGUCAGGAUUCGGCUUUAAUAUCUCCACAUGGUGCAUUAGUUAAUAACAUGGAAGGCCUCAGUUUGUGAGUAUAUUUGUAACCUAUCAGCAAAUCAGUGAAUUAUAUGAAGAAGCGUUAAAGUUACUAAAUGCUAAUGGGCCCAUGGGACUGUU